CUCAAACAGUGCUAAGAAGGUGACAUUUCAGUGUCGCCUUACGCUUUUAGUACAAUCCAAUUCGUUUUCAUAAAGUGGUAGCAAAUACUAAAAGAAAAUGUCUUCCCUUGGGAGGGCAGUGGGCGUUCUUCGUGCUGGAACGCGGCUCUAUCUACAAAGUCCUCGGAAAAUUGUCUUUCGAAGGGCUGGUGGCGGUCCACACAUUGAGGCUCAGUACAGACAGCCUCCUCAGAUCACCAAAAACCAGAAGUUUCAAGCAGAGCUGCUGAGUAGUGCCAUGUGGUUCUGGAUCCUGUGGCACUGCUGGCAUGACCCAGAUGCAGUGUUGGGUCAUUUUCCUUGGCCAGACACCAGUGCAUGGACAGAUGAAGAGCUUGGAAUUCCUCCAGAUGAUGAAGAGUGAAGACAUCUACAUUUGUCAAGCAAAGCUAAGGUCUUCUAUCUGUCCGAUUGCUCUUCACACAACCUGGAUUUUGUUCUAAGCCAAGGAUCUCACUAAAAAUGUCAUUGUUGUAAAUAGAUUAUUAAAAAGGAUUGUCAGAAUGACUUGUGGCAUUGCUGAGAAAGUGACGACAGACUGCUAAAAGAGACUCCUUUGAUUCUGCCAAUAGUGUUUUAUUUCUCACUUUGUCAAAUCAGAGGUAAAACUGUGAUUAAUAAAAGUGAUUAAUAAAAUUAUUCAACACA